AUGUCGAACAAACUCACUCAUGAAGAACAGGAAGCACUGGUUAUCAGUGAUGAUCCUGAACAUCCUGCCAACCUGAUCUCAGAACUUUGUCGAGAAUUCUAUAAACUCGGAUGGGUCACCGGUACAGGAGGAGGCAUCUCCAUCCGUCAAGGUGAAAAUGUAUACCUUGCCCCUUCAGGUGUACAGAAAGAACGAAUCAAGCCUGAACAUAUCUUUGUACUUCCAUUUGCUCAAUCGUCAGUCCCUAAACCCGGAUCCAAGCGAGAUUUCCUCAGAAUACCCAGUAAAAAGGGAUUGAGCGAGUCACAAUGUACACCCCUUUUUUGGAACGCAUUCACAAUGAGAGAAGCGGGUGCUUGUAUACAUACUCACUCUCAGCAUGCUGUCAUGUUGACAUUGUUACAUCCGCGGGAUGCUCAGAGCUUCAAGAUUUCUCAUCAAGAGAUGAUUAAAGGAGUUAGGAUCGGAGGUGUAGGUAAAACAUUAAGUUUCUUCAAUACGUUGGAGAUUCCAAUAAUCGAUAAUACAGCUGUGGAAGAAGAUUUGACUGAAAGUAUGGCUGCUGCCAUGGAAAAAUAUCCUGAUGCUCCUGCUAUCUUGGUCAGAAGGCAUGGUGUCUACGUAUGGGGUAACACUUGGGAGCAAGCGAAAACACAAUCUGAAUGUCUUGAUUAUCUAUUCGAAAUUGCAGUAAAAAUGCUUUUGGCUAAAUUACCUUUAGUAGGUGAUAAUUGA